UUGAAUCGAGGAAAAAAGGAUUUUGAAGUUUCUUUUGCAAAGAUAGUCGAGUAUCUAAAGCACAAGGCGUUUGAGGGUAAGGACGAGCUAAUGACUAGUUUAAUAGAUGAGAAAGAGUCUUUGAUAUCUCAGUUCACUGGAAAGGUGGACAGUAAAUUGGUGGAUAUAUCGACAGGAAUUAAAGCCAAUUCUUUGCAUAGCAGUGAUAUGAGUUCUUGUAAUACACAAAUUGGCAUAUUACCGGAGGAUGAGAGCAUAAGCGAGAAGACCAGCAUAGUAAAGCGUGAAAGAAAAAUGUCUGAUAGUGCUGUGUGUAGCUCUGAACUUAUUAAUAGAAACGACUACAAACAAUCUGUGUCUGAUAUUGCUAGCAGCAAAACUGGUCUAAGUGAAAUCUCAGCCAGCCUCAAUGAUACUACAAUUAGCAUGUCUGUCGAUGAGCUAUUAAACUCCAAUGUUUUUACUGACACAUCGAGUGAAAAUAUUAAAAAUAUCCAAAACGAAAAGACUAAAAGCAUAGAGGAAUAUAAUAAAGUAGUUGAAGUUUUAGAAACAGAGGUUCAAAACAAAGUCACUGCCGAGAGUGCUUCAAAGUUAAUGAAUGGUUCAACUUUUAAUACAAAAAACCUUCUCAGCACCCCUUCAGGAGUUAAAACAUGGUCAGAUACGCAGAAAAACGCACACAGCACCACACAAAUAAAUAAUUUCCAGUUACCAGCUGUUGAUAAGCUCAACGAAAUUAAAGAUAAAGGCGGAAAUGAUACAUUGGACGACUCUUUAACUCCAAGAGACAACAGAUGUAGCUUAGAAACUCGUGGUAGUAUAGUUUGCGAGCUUGAGCUUAGCCGAUCCCAAGAUACGUCGAAACUUCGAUUUUCACCCAAGAAACACGUUCCAUACAGAAAAGACUCUGAAAAAACCAAGAAGUUUAAAGAUGUGUGUUCUUCAUUGAUGCAUGAAAUUAAGUCUAUUGAUAAUACAACAACAAUAACACAGAACCUGGCUUUAGUGCCCUUUAAAGACAAAGAGCUAUACAUUAUAAAUAGAAUAGGCAAGGGUGGAUAUUCAAAUGUUUAUAAGGUGUGCUACAAUAAUGAAAUUUAUGCCUUAAAGCAGAUCAGAGUUGAUGACAAGGAGGGCCUGAGCAUUUGCAUGGAUGAGAUAGAUCUUUUAAAACGACUUAGUAGCUGUGAAUUUGUUAUCAAAAUGAUCGACUAUGAGAUUGGGGAUGAAACUGUCAGCAUUUUACUGGAGUAUGGCGAAACUGACCUACAAAACUUGAUAAAAUCUGGACCCCUAAACAUUUUCUAUAUCAAAUACCUUUGGGAGUCCAUUCUUAAAAUUCUUGUUGUUGUUCAUUCGCAUAGAAUUGUUCAUCGCGACAUUAAACCUGCAAAUUUUGUGCUUGUUAAGGGAAAGCUAAAAAUCAUUGAUUUUGGAAUCUCAAAGAGUAUAAAAGGGGAUACGACAUCGAUACUAAAUUUUGAAAAGGCAGGAACUCUGAACUAUAUUUCUCCUGAGCAGUGCUGCGGAGGAAAGGUGAGUAGAGCAACAGACGUAUGGGCGGCCGGAUGUAUAUUAUACUAUAUGAUUUAUGGGAAAAAUAUUCAUAAGAGUAAGACAGUUGUGGAUGUUCUAAGGACGAUGGCAGAAGAAACUGAAAUUGAAUAUGGAUCGGCCGAUGCAUCGGUUGUUGAAAGUAUGAAAGCAUGCUUGGUGUAUGAUUCGAAGAAGAGAGCAAAGCCAGAAGAAUUGUUGAAAUACUCAUUUUUACAAAAAUAG